AAACAAAUAAUCCAUCAGAAGAAGCUAUGGGAUAUUCUAAAUUUACAAUAUUUAUUAAAGAAAAAUUUGGUCAAGAUGAAUCUGUAACCUUGUUUAUUGAGUUGGUUAAAUUUUGCAAAAAAACCUCACCAUACGAUAAUGAAGUUAUUUGGAAUUCAGCAACAUCAUUUACUCCAUUGUUAUGGUGGCAAUUAUGGCCAUAUA